AUGAUAAGAGAAAUUAAAACGCAACUACCCCAGGAGGGUACCGGCACUGCCGGAGAAUCCGUCCCUGAGUGCAACUCAGGCAGUCCCAUCGUAUCUGGGGGGGACAAAUUUCUCAUCGACGGCGAUGCGUUAUGCCACGGGUCACGUCAUGUCUCCCCUGUUUCCCCAAAUGGCAAAAAGAGGGCAAAGGAAUGCCAAAUUGCAACGAUGAAUGUUUGUGGAAGUAUGGAUAGUAAAAUAGACGAAGUAUGUGAGAUGAUGAGUGAAAGAAGAAUUGAUGUAUUAGGAGUAAGUGAAACAAAAAAGAAAGGCUGCUCUAUUACUACUUAUGACCGAUAUACUGGGUACUGGUCUGGAGUUAAUGACUCUGAAAGAAGCAGCCAAGGAGUGGGAGUUAUUUUGUCAGAGAGAAUGAAUGCAUCUGUUAAAGAAUUUGAAUUUGUAAGUCCUAGACUCCUCUGGAUACGACUGAAAGUUGGUUUGACCCGUAUUUUUCUCCUUUGCGCUUAUGCCCCGGAUAUGUCCAAGCCACCAAAGGUCAGAGAGGAUUUCUGGGAUAGUGUAAGAGAGAUUAUGACUAAAUGUAAGGAGAAUGAAAGAAUUAUUUUGAUAGGUGAUUUUAAUGGCUGGGUGGGAAUCCGUCGCGAUGGAUAUGAAAGGAAUUUAGGAAUGUUUGGAGAUAAAAGAGUGAAUGAAAAUGGUGAAAGUUUAUUAGAAGUAUGCCUGGAGAGAAAUCUGGUGGUGACUAAUACUUUGUUUAGUCACAAACUGAUUCAUAUGUAUACAUGGCAAAGGCAAACUGAGAGAAGUAUGAUUGAUUUUGUAAUUGUGGAUGAACGAUUGAGAGCGAAAGUGAAGGAUACAAGAGUCUAUCGUGGUGACUGGAGCAAAGCUGUUAUUGUGCCACUAUAUAAAGGCAGCGGAUCACAGCAGGAGUGCAAAAAUUUCCGCGGAAUAAGCCUUCUUAGUGUUGUAGGCAAAUUGUAUGCUAGGAUUUUGAUUAAAAGAGUGAUGAAUGAGACGGAAAAGUUAGCUCAACAUCAGAAGGUUUUCUGCGCCUUCAUUGACCUUGAAAAGGCUUAUGAUAGAGUGGAGAGGAAUGAACUGUGGUCAACACUGGCAAUGUAUGGGGUGCUGAAUCAAGAUGUGCCCGCGCACGAAAAAUCGAUGCUGGUCAUUAAAAAUACUAACCACGUAAAAUUCUAA